GCCAGAAUAUGAGCAGCGCCAGGCUGCAGUACACUAUCCACUCUUCCAGUUUCAUAAUGAAUAUUGCCAACUCCCAACUGUCUCAACCUUAUCUCUGGUGCCCGCUAUUUUGCGAAGACAUAGAUCUAGAGGAGCUUCUGCUCAGCGACGUGGGAGAAUUGGGCUGGGACGAUUCGGGGGUGGAAUGAUGCAGCGAUGAUACUGCACUUCGUACUGUCCCUGCCGCUGCCUCAGGGUUACAGUGCGCACAGACGAAUGUGUUAAAGCCCAGCCCCUGGCAGCCACUGCAAUCCAUAACUCUGGGGAGUCUUAAGCUAACAUCAGAAGGUUGGGUACAAUGAGGGGAGCAAACCUUCGAGGAUUCCCUGCACAACUUCUGCAUGUCAGGGCUAUUCGUCCUCCACCUGUACAGGAUAUGUGUUCUGGAUCAAGGUGGAUUGUUGAACGUGCCUGGUGGGCCAUGUUUAAACAAAAUGAUGGUGGAACCCUCAGCGAAGAAGCAAUACAUAGACAGUCAGAGUGAACAAGUUGUUUGGACGAUUUGGCGGGAGAAUCCAUACUUAAAUACUCUUUUCAAUCGCUUCUUCCGACAGAGGGGUAUAUUUUGCAUCCAGGUUGUCGGCAUACCAUUUCAUAAAAAGCCAAGGCCAAAGGCAGAAACGGGAAGGCAGAAGGAUGAUGCCAGCGGUGAAGCCAGGCUGCUCCUUGCACGGAGCGAUUACUAUUUGUCCUCUAUAUUGGAACCGUGGCACUAUGCCAGGGAGAUUGUCCUACCAAGUUUCUUCGAGUCAAUGGACGCUGGUGGAAUCCGUAUUGGCAAUGUCGAAUCAUUGUCCAACGUCCUCUUGUCGGAGGAUACUCUGAAUGGAUCAGCAGGACAUCUAUCCCAGUGAUUGAGGAUGUUGCUUUUCGGUAAAGUCGGUAUUCUACCCAUAUCAAUGACACGAAUACGGGCAAUGCGGCAUGGUCCAGGGUCGUCAGAUGCAUAA